UGAAAAAUUUCAUCAGUCAAAGUUCCUCUUCCGCAGUGGUUGAUUGUUGAACUGUUUUGUAACGUUUAUCGGUCGUCUUAUGAUCUUAUCGGGUUUAUUGUGUAUGAGACGUUGGGAAUGCUUGUGUAAAUUCCAUCCCUAUCAUUGUGUCAUUGAUGUCGUGAGGAGGUGACGAUCCCGGUUGUGCUCAGAAUGAGCAUUGCAAUGCCCGUCCAGGCUGAGCACAAAGAUCUCAUUCAUGAUGUGGCUUUGGAUUAUUAUGGCCGUCGGAUGGCCACUUGCUCCAGCGAUCAGAGCGUCAAGAUCUGGGAUCUUCAAGAUGAUAAUACAUGGAAAAUAACUGCGAAUUGGAAGACGCACGCGGGAUCGGUGUGGAAAGUGACAUGGGCCCAUCCACUGUACGGUCAGUUGAUCGCCACGUGCUCCUUUGAUCGCACCGCGGCGCUGUGGGAAGAAACGGUGGGUGAUGGAAGCUCCGUUGCGCAGAGCCACUGGGUGAAGAAAGCCACUUUUGUGGAUAGUCGCGGCUCCGUGACGGAUGUGCAGUUUGCGCCAAAACACUUGGGUCUCCAGAUCGCGACGACAUCGUCGGACGGGACGAUCCGGAUCUACGAGAAUAUUGACCAGUCGAAUUUGUCCCAGUGGCAGACACUGCAUGAAUUCUCAUCCAAAUUCUCCUCGACGAGUUGCAUUGCCUGGAGUCAGUCGCGUUUGUUGCCGGUGAUCCUGGCGGUCGGCACCGACGACGAAAGUCCCACGGCUAACAGUGAUCGGACGCCCGGGAAGGUGCUAUUAUUCGAGCUGAUCGAUAAUGGAAGGCGGUAUGGCAAGGUGGAAACGCUGAACCAAAUCAGUGAACCCGUGAAUGAUUUGACGUUUGCCAAUACGUUGGGCCGGUCAUUUCACGUGCUGGCUGUGGCCUCCAGGGAUCUUUUCAUCAUCAAUAUUUCGCAAUCAUCCUCCAAACGUUCCAAUUCGGUGUCCAGCGUGAAUUCCACGCACCAGGUGAGCAGUCAGCCGAAAAUCUACGACAUCAGUUUGCGCGGACUCUUCAAAAACCAUCAGUCGAGAGUGUGGCGUGUCAGCUGGAAUAUCACCGGAACGAUUCUGGCCUCUUCGGGGGAUGAUGGAUGUAUUCGUCUGUGGCGCGCUGAUCAUGUGGGCGUGUGGAACUGCAUGACGGUGAUCCGCGGGGACGGAUCCCUGGCCAACGCCGAAGACACGCUGCCGGGCCGUGUCAGCCGUAAGCCGUCCAUUCCCGACGGACCGGCCGGGUCCCUCCCGCCGUUGGCCGUCUCCGCCACGGCCCACAACAUGAACAACUGGCUGAACAGCAGUAACGGCCAGCUGGGCGGCAGUCCCACCAUCUCCCGUUGGCAUGGUCCUAAGUUGUGACAAGCAGAAUUGUAGUCGGCGUCCGUUUAAUUUAUCCGUGUCUAAUUUAUUUAUUUUUUUUUGCCUGCCAGUUUUCUUUCCUCGUUUUUGGGGUGAUGUUUUUUUGAUUUUUAUAGAAUGUGUUAUGGGGGCGAAGGGGGGAGGGGUUGAUGGAGCGGAGGGAUGGGGAGGUUGGUAGGUUGCAGCGUAUUUAUCUGUCCAGAGAAAAAUGCAUGUCGUUGAAUUUUUUUCAAUAAAUUUUUGGUUGAUCGUUAAUUCCCGGAUAUUACAAAAAUGCGAAGUAAUCUUAUUGCUGUAGUCGACGGUAAAGUUGUCAAAAAAGUUGGCUUAUAAUUUUGCAGAAUUUAUGAAGCGGAUGGUUAUGAUUACUUUAAGAAGCUGAUUUAUGAUUUAUUUAUUUUAUUUUUCUAUUAAUUUAUUUAUGUAUAUUUAUGAUUAUCAAGUACUUACAAAGCGGCUCGUGUGCAACCGGAAAUG